CCGAAUAUGAAUCGGGCUCUCUCUCUCUCUCUCUCUCUCUCUCACAUCACCAAAUUCUGAUUUCGCAGCUUGUUCUCUUUCUCGCGGCGGCGACGGACUUCUUCUCCGGCUCCGGCGACGACACAAGACUAAUUUUCUGUAAACUUUUGAUUUCAGACUUAACGUUCGUAUUUUCAGUCUCAAGUGCAGAGCAAACGUCAACCAAAGUGGUUCACUUAUCGUAGUUCAUGUAAGUUCAUGCCUUCUAGGUGUUCGACAAAAAUUCCAAGAGAAGCACCCCAAAAACAAAGAGCAAGAACAUGGGCAAGAAGGGAGCAAACAAGAAAGCACCCAAUCUUACUUCUGGAUCUCAGGCUUCAAUCACACUUAGAGAAGAAUCUAGCGGGAAGAAACAACCCAACAUCAAUGGGAAGUCCAUGUUGAAGUUAAAGCAUCUACAGAACCUCGCGGUGUGGGCCAAUGGUGAAGCCUCUAUACCUUCUCUAGGUGCCUUUUUCGGGCACCAAUUGGCUGCUCUUGGCGAGUCCCUGGGGUCAUCAUCUAAUCCAUCACUGUUUCCUUGUCAGAGAUGUGAAUCUAUUCUUCAGCCUGGUUACAACUGCACUGUUAGAAUUGAGAAGAAUACAGCAAAGGCAAGGUGUAGGCAUAAAAGUUCAAAUGUUUCCACUCAGAACAGUGUUGUUUACAAAUGCCUCUUCUGCUCACAUAGAAACCUGAAGAGAGGGACUCCUCGAGGUCAUACGAAAGAGAUAUGUCCUUCUAAGGCCAAACCUUCCUUCAAAUUGGAACCUUCACACUCCAUGGUUAUCAAGUCUAUCAAAUUAGAGGAAGGUGCAACGGGCAAUAAAGAGGUGAAAAAGGUGGACGAGAUUGCUUCUCCAGCAAUAACCACCGAUGAUCCUGUCAUAGACAGCCCAGCUCCAGCAACGCCAUAUGUCAGAACUGGGCCAACUUUGUUGGAGGCCAAGAGAAGAAAGAGGAAUAGGUCAGGGGCUAAGAAAGCAGCUGAAUCUGAAAGCAAUUCCGCUACGACUGUUGCAGAAAAUUCUGUCAGUGCGGCAAACAAGCGGAAGAGAAAAUCUUGGACCAGUCUGAAGGAAAUUGCUGAGAGCAGUGAGCUUGGUAAUAGCCAAAACCUCUCAAACUUGACAAUCCCAUUUUUCAUAUAAAGAGGGUUAAUCAUUUUAUUAUGUGGAUUGCUAUUAGUUUACUACGAUUUUGAAGAAACUGCAAAAGUUGGUACCUUUGGGCAUUUUCCAUUUUGUAAUUUAUAGAAUGUUGAAAGAGAAUUCUGAUAUUGAGGUAUGGAAGUCUCUGCAUUAUAAUAGAAGCAUUGCUUUAUAACAUUUUUCAUUCUUUUAAUA